CUUUCUCACCAAUCAUUCUCCUUCUCAUCAACAUGCACCACUUUCACUGAUUCUCUCUGACUCUUAUCUCUUAUGUUCCCAAUCCCAUACUUGUAAAGGAACCUGCUCCCAAAGUUGGCUCUGCAACUGAACAGAACGCUUAAUAGUAACAGCACUAAUGAAUCCACUCACAGUUUCAGAUUCUUCACAUUUUCCAACUCUCCUCAAACACCAUCUUAACUUGGCUUCUCUUCUACUUCUCAUCUUCUCCAUCACCCUUUUAAACUCAUCUUCUCAAACCCACUACACACAUUCUCUCCUCUCCGGUCUCCAGCUUAAGGCUCUUUUGGUGUGUAUAGAUAACAGAGAAUGGAAGAAGAUCAUCAGCAUCAUUUAGAAGAGGAGGAGGAAGAAGAAGAAGAGAUCAUGCUAACAAAAGAAGCCAACAAGAUAGACGAAGACACAUCUUCAUCUAGACUAUUCCCAUGCCUCUUCUGUUCUAGAAAGUUCCAUAGUUCUCAAGCUCUAGGAGGCCACCAGAAUGCCCACAAGAAGGAGAGAACUGCUGCCAGAAGAGCAAAAAGGGCUUACGAUUUUGUCAACAACAAUGACUUGCUUCACACGUUACCUGUCUUCUUAUCCUCCCCCACUCCACACCACUUGACCAUCUUAAGCUACCCUUCUUCUGCGUCCGUUGCAUGCUUUCCAGCUACUCAUACCGACCUUCCAAUCUUCAAAUCCAACGGUGCUCAUUUCGUGUUGGCGUCAUCCCACCAAGGUAGAGAUAGCAAUGGAGGCUAUCUUGGUCAAAAUUGUGUUCAAAUAUUGGAUAAUAACUGUAACAUGGUGAAUAGUGAGAACGGUCAAAACCAGUGUCUUGAUCUCUCCCUCCAUUUGUAAUCUUAGGGAUUAUUGUUACAUUAGGGGGAAAUGAUCCGAUGUUCCCACACGUGACUCUUCUACGUAUAUGGUUCUUUCAUGCAUGAGACACUGAGAAUCGUCCUGUCGUGGACAGAAUCCGAAGAUUUUAUUGUAUCCCGUUGCAUAUGUUAUAAUGGUUAUAGUGC